AUGGGAGUGCCCCUGUCCAUUCUCAGUGCAGGAGCCAAUUUCUUCAACCUCUACCUCUUACACCAUGACGGAGUCAGCGCUCGAGGCACUCGUCUCCUCCUCAUCAGUGUCUCCAGUACCGAAACCAUUUUCUUUGUCUUUACUGCCAUCUACUGUGUGCUUAAGAUGUUCUACUUCAAAACUUUUACCCAUCGGCUUAGCUCUGCCCUUCUCUUCUACUUCCCCAACAUCUUCUAG